AAGGUUGCCGUGUACGAAAUCAUAGACCACCAUAAGGAGAGCGUCGGUCUCGAGCCUAACCAAAGCUCGAAAAACAGAGCAGGGAGACUGUACCAGGGAGAGGCAGAAAAUGGAAGACUCGCUAGCAAAGCUGGAGCGAAUCCAAACCCAAAUCCUCGAACGCAUAUCAAAGCUUGAGAGCUCCACCUCCGCCUCUCUUCCCCAAUCCACCUCCACCCCCAUCCCUUCCUCAACUCAAAACGCCGCCGUCGGCGCCACCGAAGCCCGCCUCUCCGCCAUUCUCCUCGCCAAUGGCGUAAAAGACUUCGCCUUCAAGAGGGUUGCUUCGGAUUACUACGAUUGGUCCCUCGAUGCCCGGCGCGACGCUCUCCGCGCUGCCUCAAUCCACCAUCUCUGCAAAAGCAUUGUCUUGGUUAACACUCAGGCCCAAUCCAGUGUCGUUGAUUGUAGUGACCGCAACAAUUCAAAGUACUAUGUUGUUGUUGUUCAGUACACUGCUCGGUUUAAUGCUGAAGCUGUUAAGAACUUCUUGUAUUCGCUCAAUGACGGCAAGAUAGCGAAAAAGAAAUUCAACAUGAGGCUUGCGCCUGAGGAUACUUCAAUACAAUUGACUGGGUUUGAGCACAAUGCAGUUACAUGUGUUGGCAUGAAAACAGACAUUCCAGUGAUUAUGGAUGAAGCAAUUGAGAAACUUAGUCCUGAUUUCUUCUGGCUGGGCGGCGGCGAGGUUGAUCUGAAGCUGGGCAUCAGAACCUCAGAAUUUAUAAGCUAUGCUAAACCUUUUAUCGUGAGCUGCAGUGGUUCUUGAUUUAUCCAAAGAAAAGAAUACGUUAUUAAACAAAACCUACAAAUUAAUACAUGAAACGAAGAAAUGUUUUUCGGAGUUGGUUUGUAGUUUUGUUACUCCCACCGAUGAUCGAUUCAUUUCAAAAACAUUGAGUCCCAUAACUAUGUAGUUUAUGUAUAGAGCAGGUGCUGCUAUCCUACCAGCUUUUAUGAAUUGCUACUGCUUUUCUUCA